AUGAACAAGUUUCGAGGCCAAACUGCAGCUGUGCUGCGCCCACGGAGCACCGAGGAGGUAUCCGCGAUCAUGCGCUACUGCCACGAGCGAAAACUGGCUGUGACCCCUCAAGGUGGGAACACGGGCCUCGUGGGGGGGUCCGUUCCACUGCAUGAUGAGCUGAUUCUCUCCACCUCGCUCAUGAACCAAGUCUACGGCAUCGAUGCUGUUGCGCGCACGUUGACCUGCCAAGCCGGUUGUGUGUUGGAAACACUGAAUGCAGCGUUGGCAGAGCAUGACCUCAUGAUGCCGCUCGACCUAGGCGCCAAGGGCAGCUGCCAAAUUGGUGGAAAUAUCAGUAGCAACGCUGGUGGACUCCGGUUUUUGCGGUACGGUAGUCUGCAUGGCAGCGUUCUCGGCCUCAAGGCAGUCUUGCCCAAUGGUGAUGUGAUUGAUACGAUGAAGGGCUUACGCAAAGACAAUACGGGCUACGACCUCAAGCAGUUGUUCAUCGGCUCCGAAGGGACCCUCGGGAUCAUUACGGAGGUAUUAAUGGGGGUCGUUCAAAAGCCGAGUGCCGUCAACGUGGCCUUUUUGGCUUGCCCCGGCUACGACCAAGUGCAACAAACGCUGGUGGCAGCUCAGAAGGGAUUGGGAGAGAUCUUGUCAGCUUUUGAAUUUCUCGAUCACGAAGGCAUGCGCUGCGUCAAUGAAACGGUGGACGUGCCAAACCCGUUUGACUCGACUGCACCCUUUUACGUCCUAGUUGAGACACAUGGCUCCAACAGUGAACACGAUUAUGCCAAACUCGAGGCGUUUCUGGAGAAUGCUAUGGAGACGGGCUGCGUGGUGGAUGGCGUAGUGGCACAGGACGCCACUCAAGCCGCCGCAUUGUGGCAGGUGCGAGAACGUAUCACCGAGGGGCUGCAGCAUGACGGCGUGGUCUACAAGUAUGAUAUCUCGCUGCCAGUACAGCACCUCUACAGCUUGGUCGAAGCCAUGCGUCCACGGGUAGCCGACCUGGCGACACGCUGCGUUGGCUUUGGUCAUCUCGGUGACGGAAACUUGCAUUUGAACAUCACCAGCCCCACGGCGAGCGAGGAACUUUUUGCACAGAUUGAGCCGUUUGUCUACGAGUUUACGCGGGAACACCGUGGAAGCAUAUCUGCGGAACAUGGUCUGGGCCUGAUGAAGGCGCGCCAUAUUCAUUACUCGCAGCCAGCCGCCAACGUCACUCUUAUGCGCCAGCUCAAAGGACUCCUUGACCCGCACGGUCUCCUCAAUCCCUAUAAAACCGUGGAGGAAAAUCCCUUGAAUGUUUGA